AUGCUUGAAGACGGUCUGCGGAGUUUUCUAGGUUUGAGGCUCGGGAUUGGAAGCAUGCCGCCGGAAAACGAUCAGCAACAGAUUCGGAUCAAUGUGGAGUACAACUGCGGCGGAAACUAUUUACAGAAAUUCAGGCUUUACGAGACUCGCUCGAACUUUUAUAUGAUUGGACGAGACAAACAUAGAACUUUCUGGAAGGUCUUGAAGAUAGACAGAUCAGAACAGAAUGAGCUAAACAUCACUGAAGACUCUACAACAUACUCAGAAAUUGAAUGCUAUGACCUAAUGAAAAGAAUUCAUGAAGGAAACAAGUCUACCGGUGGACUGAAAUUUGUCACCACCUGCUAUGGGAUCAUUGGUUUCGUAAAAUUUUUGGGACCUUAUUACUUGCUGCUUAUCACAAAAAGAAGGAAGAUUGGAACAAUAUGUGGUCAGGAAGUAUAUGCAAUUGCCAAGAGCGAGAUUAUUCCCAUUCCCAGUUCUACAGUGCAAUCAAAUAUGGCUUAUACUAAGAAUGAGAACAGAUACAAGAAGCUCCUACGCAUUGUGGAUCUUACAAAGGACUUCUUUUUCAGCUACUCCUACCAUGUUAUGCUUAGUCUUCAGAAAAAUCUAAGCAAUCGUGAAACAGGACUAAUCCUAUAUGAAACGAUGUUUGUUUGGAAUGAGUUCUUAACUCGCGGAAUUCGCAGUCAGCUCAAGAAUACAGUGUGGACAGUAGCUUUGGUUUAUGGAUUCUUCAAGCAGGUCAAACUUUCUAUAUCUGGGCGGGACUUCAUCCUAACCCUUAUCGCGAGACGAUCCCGUCAUUAUGCCGGAACCAGAUAUUUGAAACGUGGUGUGAAUGAGAAGGGACGUGUAGCCAAUGAUGUUGAGACCGAGCAAAUUGUGCUAGAGGAUGUUCCAGAAGGAAGCCCAAUACAAGUAUCCUCUGUUGUGCAGAACCGGGGUUCUAUACCCCUCUUUUGGUCACAGGAGACUUCACGAUUGAACAUUAAACCUGACAUCACAUUAUCACAGAAGGACGAUAAGUAUGAAGCCACCAAACUUCAUUUCGAGAAUCUAGUAAAGAGAUAUGGAAAUCCUAUUAUUAUAUUGAAUUUGAUUAAGACUCGUGAGAAGAGGCGAAGAGAAUCUAUUCUACGUGCAGAAUUCGCUAAUGCCAUCGAGUUUAUUAAUAAAGAUCUUACAGGGGAGAACCGUCUGAAGUUUCUACACUGGGAUUUAAAUAAGUACUCCAAAAACAAAGCUGCGAGUGUGUUGGCAUAUUUAGGCAAAGUGGCUGCUAAUGCAGUGGACUUAACUGGCUUCUUUUACUGUCAGAUAGCCCCAGCUUCAAGUAAAAAUUCUAACAGCAACUACGCUGUUAAGGAGGACCUCUGCAAUAUGACUAAAGAUGUUCAAAACUUGGACACUGAAGUCAUCGUUAAUCAUUGUGGUGAUUUGGAUGGAGGUUAUAUUGUCAAGUCUCCAAUGUUUCAGAAAGGGGUCUUAAGAACAAACUGUAUUGACUGUUUAGACCGCACAAAUGUUGCCCAAUAUGUUUUCGGGCUGGUUGCUCUUGGGCAUCAGUUGCAUGCUUUAGGGUAUACAGUUGUUCCAAACAUUAGCUUAGAAUCCCCUUUGGCGGAUGGUUUGAUGAAGAUUUACGAAGCAAUGGGUGACACCCUCGCACUACAAUAUGGUGGAUCUGCAGCACACAAUAAGAUAUUCUCGGAGACAAGGGGGCAGUUGAAACUGGCGACGCAAUCCCAAGAGUUCUUGAGAACUCUUCAACGCUACUACAGUAAUGCCUACAUGGAUGCUGAAAAACAAGAUGCCAUAAACAUAUUCUUGGGUCAUUUCCAGCCACAACAGGGGAAACCGGCUCUUUGGGAACUGGAUUCUGACCAGCCUUACAAUGUGGGAAGGCGUGGUUCUGAUUUUGGAGAUGAAAGUUCUCGGUCAAUAAUUAAAAGAUCCCUAUCAGAUGGAAACAUUCUUUGUGAUAACAACUCACCUAUUGAUGAUGCAAGCGUCGAAGAGACUGAAAUUCCUCACAAAUCAUUGCCUGGAAAGGUGCACGGUUCCAACUUGGGUCUUUCAGACUCAACUCCUGUAAUCUCGACUUGUGAAAGCAACAUAUCUUAUUCCAGGUAUACCCCCUCAAUGUCUCGUAGACAGCUUUUCCCAGAUAUGCAACCAGACGAAUGCCUUGAAACUGAUAGCAUCUGUUUCCGUGAACGCGGCGAUUCAUUUCACUGUUCAAAUUUUCUUGAUGUCGAAUGGCUUUCUUCAUCGGGGAAUUCAUGUGAAGAAGAGACAUAUGAAAGAUCUAUGCUAAUUGGCUUUCCAUCAGCUGGACAAUCUUCAGACGAGCUUAAACUGGGAACCAGCUCUUCAGCUUACGGGUCUGAAUCAAGCAUCAAGGGGAAGGAACAGGUGGUUGGAGAUGUCCACCAUGAUGCUGGUUCGUGUAGUUCUGAUGGAUUUUCUGAAAGAUUUGUGCGAUGGACGUCUAAACCGGAACCAACGAGUCCAUAUCCAAUCGUACCGACCCGAGUUCAACUGGGCCAUACUCAAGAUGAUCUUUUUACGACUCGGCGGGAGAGAGAAAGUUGCAACAAAUUUUUGGUUUUUCGGCACCAUUGGCUUCAGUUGAUCCGUCUCUGCCCAGGUUUUUAUUUAGAGAAUUUACAUGGCCGAAACUUAUAUUGA